CCGCUGCGCGCGCAGCCGCCUCACUCCGCCUGUGCUCUGCGAAGGAGAAGGCCGUGCUUGCGUUCGCUCCUCCGCCAUGGCUCGCGGCCCGAAGAAACACCUGAAGCGCGUGGCUGCCCCGCGCCACUGGAUGCUGGACAAGCUGACCGGCGUGUUCGCGCCCCGGCCGUCCGCCGGCCCGCACCGCCUGCGCGAGUGCCUGCCGCUGAGCAUCUUCCUGAGGAACAGACUCAAGUACGCCCUCACGGGCGACGAGGUGAAGAAGAUCUGCAUGCAGCGCCUCAUCAAGGUCGACGGCAAGGUCAGAACCGAUGUGGCCUACCCAGCCGGCUUCAUGGAUGUCAUCAGCAUCGACAAGAGCGGGGAGAACUUCCGCCUGGUCUACGACACCAAGGGCCGCUUCGCCGUGCACCGCAUCACGCCCGAGGAGGCCAAGUACAAGCUGUGCAAGGUGCGCAAGGUCUUCGUGGGCACCAAGGGCAUCCCGCACCUCGUGACGCACGACGCGCGCACCAUCCGCUACCCCGACCCGCUCAUCAAGGUCAACGACACCGUGCAGAUCUCGCUGGACACCGGCAAGAUCACCGACGCCAUCAAGUUCGAUACCGGCAACCUGUGUAUGGUGACCGGAGGCGCCAACCUGGGGCGCAUCGGCAUCAUCACCAACCGGGAGCGCCACCCCGGCUCGUUCGACGUGGUCCACGUGAAGGAUGCCAACGGCAACGGCUUCGCCACCCGCCUCUCCAACAUCUUCGUGAUCGGCAAGGGCAACAAGCCGUGGAUCUCUCUUCCCCGAGGAAAAGGAAUCCGCCUCACCAUCGCCGAAGAGAGAGACAAGAGGCUGGCGGCCAAGCAGAGCGGGUGAAGUGGACUCCGAGGGACAUCGGGGCGGUGGGAGACGUUUAUAUUGGUUUUUACUUCAAGUUUUAAACAGCAUGUUGAAUUAAAAGGGAAGCAUACUUCA